AUGUCCCUGAGUUUGUGUCGUGAUGGCAAGAGACCACUUUGGUGGAAAUGGCAUAAGGACGUCCACAUUUUUCAGUAUGACGUUGUUACUAUACCAGUUCAUCUUCCUGGUCACUGGACAACUGUGAUUCUGGACAUCAAGAGAGCUGAAAUCAAGUACCUUGAUUCAUUUCAACCAAACCAAACCAAUUAUACAGUUGUAGCAUGCAUUCAAGAGUUCUUACGAUGUGAAGCAGCAAAAUGGAAGUUCAGUGUAUCGGGAAGACUUACAUUUUCUGUUGUGCAUAGGAUUUCCCAAUUCAAACCAAUAAAGCAGAUUGUGGUGUUUUCAUAUGUAUGCUCUUGGAAACUGACUUCAACUGCAAAUAAAACACAAGCAGACAACAACAGUGAUGUAGAAAUUAUAGAUGACAAAUCAACAGAAAGAGAUUCGCCAAGAAGUCUGUUGCAGAAGAAUGAUAUUUUACUUGUACAUGAUGAUGUAAGUGACAAUCAUAACUGUGUAACACCAACAAGAAGAAAUUUACAAGUUGUUCCGCUGUCGGAUAAACACAUCAGUACUCAUGCUCUUGAUAGUGACAACAUACAGUUACAUCAACAAGUAAAAGCUACAGACUUCAAAGGUGGGAACACAAGAAUCAAGGAAAUCGAUGAAGAAACUUUGGAAUGUGACUUGUUUAACACUUCUCUUUUGCGGUCAUGUCAAACAAGGGCAACCUUUGAAGAAUGGAAGGCAGAAGAUGAUGAUGAUACCAUACUCAGAAAACAUUCAAUAGAAGAAGGAGAGUGCUGGCUUAGUAUUGACUUACGUGUUGCUCUGUGGAUGGAUUACAGAUGCUUUGUCAACAAGCCUCAUUUAGAAACUGUGGGUGAUUUUGUGCUUGUUACAAACAACCUGCACAUUGACUUCAACAACUUGUCGCAAAACAUAUAAUGCCUGACAUGUACUUUGUACCUGCAGCAGCUUUGCUCAGGUAUUGGUGCAGGUGCGGCAACAAUACCAAACUCCUAUUUAUAAAUAUGGGAAACAAUACAUUUACUUUAGCAGCUUUCAACUAGAUGAUCUGUGUGCUUGGAUACGUGACAUGAAGGAACAAUUCUAUAAGCAUGGUAGUCAGAUCUUUUAUGGGUUACUAUAGCUAUAUUAAUGUAAUGUUGUCUGUUCAUUGAAUGUAAUCAUGAAGUCAGCCCAAGACUCAUAA